AUGAAUCAACCACUAAAAAUGAACACAGUAUUCGACAUGACGGACAUCAUAACAGACAGUUUUAAAACAACAUUAACGAUAAUGAGAUAUAUCGGUUUAUUCUAUGACGAAAAACAGGCCAAAAUCUUAAAAAUCUGGUCUUUGUCUUUGUAUCUGUCGGUCGUGUUAGGGACAACAUUGGCUUUUGUUGGGUUUCUAACCCAAAAAACCGACGAUAUUAUGCAAAUAAAUCAGAUGGUGGUAUUUUUAGUAUCGUCGGCAGCGAUUUGUGUGAAAGUGUUAUUGUUUCUGGUAAAUGGUUCAAGAAUGAAAAAGUGUAUUGAAUAUUUUGGAGACCACCGUUUUGCCCCCAAGACAAACGAAGAAAAAAUAAUUAUAGACGAUUGCCAUCGAGUUUGUAAACGAAAUUUUAGGAUAUACGGCAGCAUAUUGUUUGUUGCUGAUAUUUGCUGGAACAUUUUGCCUUUCUUUGAGAAGAAACCAAGACUACCUAUAAAUAUUUGGUUACCUUAUGAAAUAACAAUUAAACCGGCGAUUUUUUAUACAACGUACUUCUACGUUGUUACAGUAAUGAUUUAUUUUGGAGUUGUUACUACAAUGUUAGAACCACUGUUAGGGGGCUUAGCAUACCAUGCGACAAGUCAACUCAAAAUACUGAAGCACAAUUUAAGCAGUCUUGACAAAUAUCGAAUACCAAACGAUUAUGACUGUUUUUCUGGUUAUGGAAUUUUAUCUAAAGCAUUAAAACAGUGUAUAGUUCGUCAUAAUAACAUUCUGGAAUUUAUUAUGGAGUAUGAAAACUGUUUCUCCUGGUGUACGUUUUGUCAAAUUGCGGGCACCACGAUCGGAUUGGGAUUUUGUUGUAUUGGCUUGACAAUGGUUUCUCCUACUAGCGUCAAUGCUGUUAUGUUUGUCAUGAGUUACGUAGUCAUAUCUUUUCAAUUAUUUUUUUACUGUCAUUAUGGCACAUUGUUAUACGAGGAAAAUGAAAAAUUAAUGAGCGCUAUUUAUAUGAAUUCUUGGUAUGAAUAUGAUGUUACUGUAAGAAAAAUAUUGUUAAUCAUUAUGGAACGUUCAAAAUCGCAGAUAACUUUAACUGCUGGAAGGGUAAUAGAACUGAAGUAUCAAACGUUUAUUUCGUUGGCGCUGAGUUUUAUUAAGUUUAAAGUGCGCGUGCAACAAUAUUUGGAAGGGCUGUUCUUGCACGUUAUGGUGAUUGGGACCGAAUGUUCAGAUGAGAAGACUAAUACAAUUAAGGUUGAACGUCAUAAAAUCGUUUGGCCUGUUUAA